AACUUUGCCCUUAACCAGUAUUCCCCCCGCACUGCGUUUGGUUCCGUCCCUCCCUCCAUCGUCUCUCUGUUCCUCAAUCGCUAAAGGGUUUCGCAGGCUUCGAGCUUUACCUCUCUGCAACUUUCCUUUAUCAUCCAUGGGUGACCGCGUGGAGUCCGAUGCUCGCCAUCACCUCUCUGUCACCGCUUCUCCUCAGCAGAUCUCCAAAGAUAUGCAUGGAAUGGACAAUUCUAUUCCGCUUUCCCCACAAUGGCUUCAGCCGAAACCUGGGGAAAACAAGCAUGGGAUGGUUUCUGCGGAAAUUAGCCCGUAUCCAGGUCAUGCUGGUCGCUCAGAUAUUGGGAAGUUAUCGGGAAACGGUGAGGCGUCGCAUGACACUCAUAAGAAAAAGGAUGUUUUUAGGCCAUCCUUGCUUGAAAUUGAAUCUGGUCGUCGUGAGCGCUGGCGUGAUGAAGAAAGAGACACCAACUCUUCCAUUCGCAGAGAUCGUUGGAGGGAUGGAGACAAGGAGCUUGGUGACUCGCGCAAAAUGGAUAGAUGGAUGGAGAACUCAUCGGUGAGACACUUCGGAGAAGGUCGCCGUGGGACAUCUGAGCGAUGGAAUGAAUUGAAUAACAAGGAAACUAAUUAUGAUCAACGGCGUGAGAGCAAAUGGAACACACGCUGGGGGCCAGAUGACAAGGAGACAGAAGGUUCGCGUGACAAGUGGAUAGACCCCAGUAGAGAUGGUGACAUGCCUCUUGACAAAGGGUCAUCUUCUCUUACUAAUCAUGUAAAGGAUGAGAAGGAGGGGGAUUAUUAUCGGCCAUGGAGGUCUAACUCCUCCCAAAACCGGGGAAGGAUGGAGCCCCCUCAUCACCAAAAUCUUACGCCAAAUAAACAAGCUGCGACAUUUGCCUAUGGUCGGGGGCGUGGAGAGAAUAAUCCUGGAACCUUUUCAGUUGGUCGUGGAAGGUUUAGCUCUAGUGGAAUCCCGAUGAGCAACAUUCCUGGUCAUUCACAUUCUUUGGGAGCCAUCUCGGACAAGGUUGAUGGUGCCCAUGGAGAGCCUUCCCCUUUGAAAUACAGUAGGACAAAAUUGCUUGACAUUUACAGGAGGACUGAAAUGAGAUCCUAUCAAAAACUAUUAGAUGGAUUUGCAAAAGUGUCUUCUCUUUCACUGGAAGAAUCAUUAGACCCUCUGGCUCUUUGUGCCCCUACUUCUGAGGAGUUGGUUAUUUUGAAAGGAAUUGACAAAGGUGACAUUACAAGUAGUGGUGCACCUCAAAUUUCUAAAGAUGGAUCUGUUGGACGGAAUUCGAUAGAUAAUAUGCAAUCAAGACGAACCAAACUUGGUAGCAGAGAAGACAUCUCUGUUGCUGUCGAUGACGGUAGAGAGGAAAGUGCUGAAAAUUCCAAGGCUCAGUAUUCAAACUAUUCAGAUGGCUUUCCUCUUGAAAAGCAGAUGCAAUCUUACGGGUCUAACUCGAAAAUGGAAGCUAUGCAGGAUCAUCAGAUCUACCUAGAUAACAAGUUCAAUACUGAAGGUUUAAGAGGUGAUAGUGCUCUCUAUAGAAAGGUUGACGAGGUGGGCAUUAGUAAGGAGUUGAACAUGCAGGGAAGUUCCUCUGUUCAUCCUGGAACUACAUGGCGAUUACCAUCACUUGGAGAACGAGCACAGAUGGCUUCUCAUGAUUGGAGAGAGAUUUCAACUGAUGCCAGAUCAGGAGCCUUGGAUUUGGGCUGGUCUCAGCCGCAGAAGAAUGUCAAUGAUGAAAGGGGAAGUGGUUUGGCUGAUUCAUCUCUCUCCAAAGAUGAACCAAAAUGGCCAAUUGUGGAGGACCCUAUUGCUAGAAAGCAGACAUCUACAGCUUUGGAAAGAGAACAGGAAACCCGUAAAGUGUUACAGCCUUCUCCGGAGGAACUUUUGCUUUAUUAUAAAGAUCCACAGGGUGAAAUCCAAGGUCCUUUUGCUGGGAUUGAUAUUAUUGGAUGGUUUGAGGCUGGAUAUUUUGGGAUCGAUUUGCACGUUCGCGUAGCAAGUGCUUCAAGCGAUACACCAUUUUCAUUACUUGGUGAUGUUAUGCCCCACUUAAGGGCAAAAGCUAGACCACCGCCUGGUUUUGGGGGACCAAAACCGAAUGAAAUUACUGAUGCUUCUAAUAGGUUAAACUUCAGUGGCUUUGGGAAGCUUCAUUCUGGUUCAAAUGAGACUGAUAUGGUGAAGAAUGAACCUAGAAACCAACAUGGUUCAACAACGGAAGCUGAGAAUAGGUUUUUAGAGUCACUGAUGUCUGGUAAUUUGAGCAGUUCCCCACUUGAGAAGUUUGCUUUCUCUGAAGAUUUACAAGGAUAUGGUGGAAAUAAUUCUGGGGGUGUGCCUCCAUUGGGUGUCGACGGUGGUAAUGACUUAUACCUUUUGGCCAAGAAGAUGACGCUUGAAAGGCAGAGGUCUUUACCCAAUCCUUAUCCUUAUUGGCCAGGUAGAGAUGCAGCAGUCAUGGCUUCAAAGUCAGAGGUUUCGCUAGACUCAACAAUGCAACAUGCAAAACUCCUCUCUUCAAUGGCUGACAACCCUCGUCAGACUCAUUCUCAGAAUGUGGAUUUGAUGUCUAUCCUUCAUGGUCUAUCUGAUAGGUCUUCAACCAGUGUUAAUAAUGGAGUCAACAGUUGGCCAAAUUUUGCUGCCCAAGGUGCUGUGGAUUCACUUCAGGACAAGUUUGACUUGCAUAAUGGUCAGAAUUUUCCUUCACAAGCUGCACUUGGAAUCCAACAGCAGAGGCUACAACAACAGAAUCAGCCCUCUUUGACCAAUCUUGUUGCUCAAGCUAUAGAAAAUCCUGGCAUUUUAAACCAUGAAAAUCUACUCUCAUCUGGACUCUCUCAAGAUCCCCAAAUGUUAAGCAUACUGCAGCAGCAGUAUUUGUUGCAGUUACAUUCCCAGGCGCCGGUUCCUUCACAACAGCUGUCGGUGUUGGAUAAGCUGUUGAUGCUUAAGCAGCAGCAACAAAAGCAGGAAGAGCAGCAGCAGUUGUUGCGACAGCAGCAACAAUUGCUUUCCCAGGUUCUUUCAGAGCAUCAUUCUCAUCAGCGGUUUGGUGAGCCAUCUUUUGGGCAGUUACAAGCAGCCACAGUGCCUCCAUCAAAUGCAUCAGUGGAUCAUCCUCAGCUCUUAGCACACGAGUUGUUUCCGAUUGGUUCUCAGAUAUCACCAGUUCCUAGUAUGCCAGAGGAACCUAUUGCUAGCAACUUUGUAAAUUCGUCAUCACAGGUUUCGCAGAAUGUUAGUUACAGUGUCAAUUCUGAAUCCUCUUCUUUGCAUUUGCCACAUCAGAUGUUUGGGAAUGUCACCCGUCAGAAAAGUUGGGGUGCUACUCUGCCAGAGCAAAUUGAUGUUGUUCAGGACAAAAAUUCAUUGGUAUCAUCAGCAAUGAUGGAGAGCUCGCUGUUAACUGAGGUGGUGAAUAAAUCUUCACACGAUCCUCCUGUUUUACAGAAAGGUGUCCUUGCCUCUGAUGAGGGUUCUUUACAAAACAUUUCAAGAACCAGUGAACCUGUGGGAGUUACAGCCUCUGAAGUAAAUUUUGAACCAUUGGGAUCUCUUACCAUGCCAUUGGUAGGAACUCGCGGGAAUGAAAUUUUAAUGCCUGAACAGGCAAAUUCUGUGAGAGUUCAACCAGCAGCUGCAGCUGCUGUUGGGGUUCAGCAGGUUGGGACAGAGCAACGCAAUGAUGAGCCUUGCAUGGUUAAAGAAGUAAAAAAUGUUGAUGUGCAGGAAGCUAGAAAAGCUUCAGAGAAGAAGUCCAGAAAGCAAAAGUCGAAGGCACAUUCUGUUUCUGACCAGGCAAGGGGAGUGCCCAAGGCACCAUUUUUGGAAAAGUUGAAGCAAUCCGACACUGAAGGCACAUAUGUGGCUGACAUGAAACUUGAGCCACAAAUUAUAGCAGGAGAAUCAAUUUAUGGAAUGUCUCCACAAAAGAUGAAAGAUAAUAAGUCUGGGAUUCCUGCUGCUGAAGCUAUUCAUUCUCAACAAGUUAACAGCUUGUGGCCUUCGACCAUUGGAGGAGAUGAUGUGGAAACAGUGGAAUUAAAUGAUGAAACUAGGCCAGUUGGAUCGCUCCCAGUGCAGAAUGUUCAAAUGCAGCCUGGGCACCGAGCUUGGAAACCUGCACCUGGUGUCAAGGCAAAAUCAUUAUUGGAAAUCCAACAAGAAGAGCAAAGGAUGGCAGAAAUGGUGGUUUCUGAGGUCAGUGUUUCUGCUUCUGUUAACUCCACCAGUUCAUCAUCUCCAUGGGCUGGAGUUGUCUCAGGUUCAGAUCCUAAAACUUCUAAGGAACUUCACCAGGAUACUGGCAGUGCGGAGUUAAAUUUGGGGAGAACUGAAAGUUCUAUGAAUUUAAAAAGCAAGAAGAGCCAGUUACAUGAUCUUCUGGCUGAAGAAGUUUUGGUGAAAACCAAUGAAAGAGAGGAGGUUCUGGACAAUUCUUAUGGUGCAUCUCCCCUACCGCCUAUUAACAUCCCACUGGAUUCAGUUGAUGAUGACAACUUUAUUGAGGCUAAAGAUACUAAAAAGGGUCGCAAAAAGUCUGCAAAAGCUAAAGGUGUUGGUAGUAAAGCAUUGGUGUCUGUUGCUUCUGCUGAUGUACCUGUUGCACCAGUUCCGGUGGAGAAGGUGAAAAAUUCUCGCCCUGUACAACAGGAGGAGGUUUUGCCUGCACUCCCAUCUGGGCCUUCGUUAGGAGAUUUUGUUCUUUGGAAGGGGGAGUCUACAAAUCCUUCCCCUUCUCCAGCAUGGUCUACUGAUUCUGGGAAGCUUCUUAAACCUGCAUCAUUAAGGGAUAUUCAGAAAGAGCAGGGAAAAAGGGUUUCUUCUGUGAAUCAAAAUCAGAUGUCAGCUCCUCAAAAACCACAGCAAACUCAGACUGCACGUGGAAGUGUUUCUUCAUGGUCACUGUCUGCAUCAUCUCCGUCCAAGGCUGCAUCUCCUAUUCAGAUUAGUUCUAAUUCUUCUGCUCAAACAAAAUACAAAGGAGACGAUGAUCUAUUCUGGGGUCCUAUUGAGCCAUCAAAGCAAGAACCUAAACAGAAUGAUUUCCCUCAACCCCCAAACCAGGUCAGUUGGGGAACUAAGAACACUCCCAUAAAGGGCGCUUCAAGUGGGUCAUUGGGCCGACAGAAGCCUGUGAGUGGCAAACCUGCAGAGCGUCCUCUUUCAUCCUCUCCUGCGCCUGUGCAGCUUUCUUCUCAUAAAGGAAAGAGAGAUGCGAUAAAUAAGCAUUCUGAGGCCAUGGAUUUUAAGGAUUGGUGCGAAAGUGAGUCUGUCAGGCUUACAGGGACAAAGGAUACGAGCUUCCUGGAAUUUUGCUUGAAGCAACCAAGAUCAGAGGCUGAGAUACUUUUAGUGGAGAACUUAGGGUCAUUUGAUCCUAAUCAUGAAUUCAUCGACAAGUUCCUGAACUACCUGGAAUUCUUACCAGCCGAUGUACUUGAAAUUGCCUUCCAGAGUCGGAAUGAUCACGUCAGUGGUUUGAGUGCCGGAGUUGUGAAUUCUGACAUUGUGGGUGUUGCUGAUUUUGAGCGAGAUUCUGCAAUGGGUCAUGAGGGCUCUGCGAAAGGCGGAGGGAAGAAGAAGGGGAAGAAAGGAAAGAAGGUUAGCCCAGCAGUUUUGGGUUUUAACGUUGUUAGCAACCGGAUCAUGAUGGGCGAGAUUCAGACCGUUGAAGAUUCGGGGUGAGGUUGUGAGGGCAGUUGUAAAUACAUUUGUCUGAAAGACGUCUGUAAAUGUUUUGUUUUGUUCUCUUUUUUUUUUCUCCCCUAGGAUUUUUGUUUCUACGGUAAUUAUAGAGCAACCGUAGCAGCACUAAUUUAAUCUGCUUACGCGAUUUUGUGAAGUAAUGUUUUAACAUUAAUCAGUGUUCCUUAAUUUUUCUGGCAAGGGUUAGAAAAAUAUUUUGGCAGAGCUUAAUCUAAUCAGGGUAACUUUUCUCCUUCAA